UUAUUAAGUUUAUUCUCAGUCAUCGUGAGCAAAUGACGUUUAAACGCAAUAUUAUAUCUUGGACUUUUUUUAAUUUCUUGUUGCGCAGUGUGCCUCCAAAAAGGCAGUUGUUUAUGCUUUGCGGGCCUUUGUUUUCUCUUUCUCUAUCUGUUUCGCGAAGAGCAGCUUUUGCGCAGGUGCCUAAUUUAUUUCCUUGGGGUAUUUUGAAGUUUGUAUCCUCGUUAAAUAUAAUUUGUUUGUUUAUCCAUCUAUAGUAUAGUCAUGUGUGCGCGCUCCCAGCGAUGCGCUACAUGACAUACGUUUGGCAUUGUCUGCUUUCCUGCACAGCAAGUGGAGUGAAAUUUGACAAUUUCAUGAAUGGAAAGCAGAAGAAGAGGGUAGCCAAAACUGCUGGUUCAUUUUGCCCAGGGACCCCAAAAAGCUGGCCAGUGGAGAAACAAGGAUCCACUAUUACUGUAAUAGAUCAGGCGAGGCAAGGAAAAAGGAAGGUCAUAGUGACCGUCGAGAGAAAAGUCAGGGGAGCUGUAGGUCUGGUAAGAUAUGUCUUUCAUUUAUUACCGUCACAAUUACCGUCCGACACCUGAAGGCACCACCAUAAAAGUCAGGUAUCAAAGAAACCAUUACGGUCAUAAACCAGAAAUUCAGCACUUGAGAAUGAGUGACAAGGAAAAGGUCAGCGUAGCAGAGAACCUAGAAAGGGGUGUGCCCAUGAAAACCAUUCUAAAGCGAGUAAGAACAUCUGUGGCAUCCAAGCUGAGGCCCGUGCACUUGGCAGAGUGCUCAACCCUGCAUAACAUCAAACAGCAGUUUAACAUUGCUGCUCCUGAACAUUCUCAUACUAAUGACGCUAUCAGUGUAGACAUGUGGGUGCUUGUGAUGAAAGAAAAAGGUGAAACACUUGUCCGCCUGUACAAGUCUCAGAAGGAGCUACUAGAAAAAUUGGGCCCUGCAGGUACUGUAUGUCUUGACUCCACACAUGGAACUACAGAGUACCAGGUUGAGCUGACCACUCUUCUGGUGCUAGAUAAAAUAGGAUCAGGUGUAGCUAUAGCUUAUUUCAUCUGCAACCGGAUGAACGAGCAAACUUUGACAGCAUUCUUCAAAUAUCUGGAGUCGGCCAUGGCCAAAAAAGUGGCUGCUAAGACAUUGAUAUCUGAUGAUGCGUCGCAAUUCUACAAAGCAUGGUCCAUGGUCAUGGGUGCCGCAAAACAGAAACUUCUCAGUGCCUGGCAUGUGGAUAACAAUUGGCGUAAAAAGAUACUCGAGUGUGUAGAGAAACAGCUAAGGCCACAUGUUUACCAUAGUGUGUGGCUACUCUUGGAGUUCCUCGCGGAAAAGGCAUUUGAAGAUUAUUUUAAGCAAUUCCUUUCUAGUAAGGAAGAAAAACUGAGGGACUUCCUGAAGUACUUCAAUGACCACUAUGCAGUUAGGCCGCAAGAGUGGGUCUAUUGCUUUAGGACUAGAGCAGCUGUCAACACUAACAUGCACCUUGAGAGCAAGCGCAGGACGUUAAAGCAUACUAUGCUGGAGAGAAAACAGAAUAAGCAUGGUGACAAACUUAUUUCUGCCCUCAUGGACUUGACAAAUCAUUUUUUAAUUAAAAGGGCUAUCCAGAUGAUGAAAGGGGCAAAGGGUAAGAAGCUGAGCAGAAUUCAGAAGAACCACAGGUCUGGCAGUGAAAUGGCAGCUUGUGCCAAAUUAAAUGAAGAUGGCUGUGCCAAAUUAAAUGAAGAUGGCUUAUAGACUGUGUCAUCUCAGUCUAUUAAAGGGCUCUCAUAUAAAGUGUCAAAAGUGGGAGAUGGUGCUUGCUGUCCUUUGAGGUGUAAGGAAUGUGCAGUGUGUGUGCAUACUUACAUGUGCACUUGCUAUGACCAUCUUAUACACUUUACAGUGUGCAAGCACAUUCACUGUGUGGUCAUCGCUAAUCCAACUAGCAGCAACAAGGCCCAUGAGAGCUUACCCGAAGAAGCAUGUGAGGCAAGUCGGGCAUUGCACAUUGUACAGAGUAUAACAAAGCUGGAAGCAGCCAAAGCAGUGUAAAGCUCAGCACUCUUUAAGAGCAAAAAUGGACUCGGUCAGACAGGUCAAACUGGCUCAAACAAUUUGUUUGAGCCAGUUUUCAUGCUUGUUGAAAGUGAAAGUGACCCAAAAAGAAAGGUGCCAGACCAUUCAAAUCAACCAGCCAACAAAAAAGUUGUGCACCUGUUAAGAUUUCACUCUACAAAAAACCCUAGAUUGUCGCAGCCAUCAUCUAGCCUUUCAAGGCCCACUGAAGCUCAAAAGGAAGUCCUUAAAUAACAGCUUAGGGACAGCAACAUAGAAACAAGAGAUAACCAUGUCAGCAGGGCACGAUUACUGGUAACAAGCCUCCAGUGCAGUUAGGAAGAGAGAAGUGGUGCAGUAGUGCUGUGCUGUCAUGCCUUAUUGAAGCAGGUUGAGGGCUCGCAUGUUAACAAAUCAUGACAUGUGGUCUCUGAUGAUUAGCCCGUCUGUUUUUGUCUGUGGUGUGCAGCAAUAUGUCACAGCUGGAUGGUAUGUGUGUAAGAGCACGAGAGAUGCCUCCAUGCUUGUUGUAUGAGCUGCUGGUAAGUGUUCUGUGAAGAUAGGUACAGACCCAGUGGUCAUCUCUGGUAUGUGGCAGCUGUUGGAUGGUCGUGUGUUAGAGCACGCCUCCAUGCUUGUCAUAUGAGCCGCUGGUAAGUAUGUCUGUACAUAGAUGUAAGGAAGUGCAUUGGAUGGUGUGUAGUGUUUCAGUGUGCAAAAGCCUCCAAUGUGUUUUGCUACUUAUAAAUUUGUGUAAACACUCAGUAGCGCAGUAGUUAUGAUGUUGCACUGCUGAGCACGAGCUUGCGGGUUCAAUCCCAGCAAAGGUGGCUGCAUUUCAGUGGUGGUGAAAUGAAAAAAAAAAUUGUGUAGUUGAAUUUAAGUGCACAUCACAAAACCCAAGGUGGUCAAAAAUAUUACUGAGUCCCGCACUGUGGCAUGCCUCAUAAUUCGAUCUAGAUUUUGUGUUCCAUGUGAUGUUCUUAUUGCCCAUUUGAAUAAACUUUUAAUUUUCAGAUUACCAAAAUAGAGGGCAUAUGCAGUGGUAUUGUGUGCAGUCUGGAUAAGUUGCUCUGGUCAUGAGCACUCAAUUAAAACUUCUGCAUAUUUGGCUGCAGCAGACAGUGUCAUAAUGAUUGUAAAGACUAUGCAGAAAGCUUUAGGCCACUCUACAUAUCAGAUCAGUUUUAUAUUGCAUCCCUUAUGGUGCAUCUCUUACUUGAGUAGGCAUAAUAACAAUUGGCAGUGCUUCCUUACACAUUUAAUAUUUUUCUUUUUUUCUUUUGGAAGAGUAGCCUUCGAAGAAUAAUCUACAACAGUGCUCCUACCUUCUCUUUCACUGUCUCCCCAUUUCUUUUCUACACUUCCACUUCAUUCUACGCACUUUCUUAUUCUCCUCUUCAUCCUACAUUGAGGGUGUGGGAAAGUGAGCUAAGCGUGCAUAAAGAUUUCUGUGCUGAACUUAAUUGCGGCACUGACGAAAACAAAUCUUUGUCAAAAGGUUCACUCCAGCUACAUUCCCCCUCCAAACACUGUUUAUCACUUCAAGCCUUCAUAUUCCUGUGAGCUUUUGUCUUGUUUAACAGUUGUAACAGUCAUACUAUUUUUUACUAUCAAUAGCCAGCAUACAUUUAGCACUGCAAAGGGCUGUUUAGAAGAUGUGCGAGUUUCUACUUCCCUUAUGAUAAAUACUCCAGACAUUCAGUCUCUAUUUUAUGAAAAUCUUUCAAACAUUGCCAGUGAUGACCACCAUAUAGGUUAAUAUCGGCAUGGGACUGAGGCUUUCCCGCAAAAAGAACAGUUAUGUUGUGCUCAUAUCAUGUGACUGGCAGUUUCUGCUGUAAUUUUUGCACUUGUCAACUGCACUGUGAAGAGCUCAUUUCUGUGAAUACGUGCUGGCCUGAUUCUUCUUGUUCACGCAUUUCAGAUCUUUUGCUAUGAGAUGAGGAGGUGUAAAAUAAAAACACCGUGUAGAUUUCACAAUGCCUUUAAGAAACCACGCAAAGCUUGGAGAUGAAGCAUUACAUGCACCUUGAACCAAGUGUCUGGACACAGCGAGUGAAAGUUGUUUUGUCAUGAGCGAGGGUGUCGGUGUUACUUGUAACUACCUUUAAAUAAAGGUUUGUUUCAAAACAGUG